AUGCUAAAUCUAACUACCGUGUUUAUGUUGGUUGGAUUGAUUUUUGUUGCUGUUCAAGGAGCACCAUCGCAAGAAAAUGACAUCGCAGUGGCUGCAGCCAAUGGAGAUUGGAGUGCGUUUCAAAAAUUGUUGAGCCAAGGAUUUGAUUUUGGAGAGCAAUUUGAGGCUAUCAAAAACCUACAGCCUCAAGGACCAGGCUCGCAUGUUUACGGUGAAGCAGGGUACAGAAUCCAUACGUCUUCAAACGUCAACGGACAGAAGAGCGAGCAAAAAAUCGGUCGUAAAGUUGUCAACAAUAAUGGAAAUGUCGAGGUGUACGAAUUGGAUUGA